AAUAUCUAUGGAGGUCUGGGCCCCAACUAUCUCUUUCCACCAGAUGUCCACACGGGAACGACCUUUCAACGAGCGGAACUGCCUGGAAACCUUCCCAGCUCCCUCAAAAGGUCGGUGCUCUCUCUCUCUCUCUCUCUCUCUCAACUAGAAGCAAAAAUCAAUGGCCCGGAAAUACCGACGAGACAACCAUAGCCGUAGAACUAGAAGACGAAGAAGCAGAGGCCAACCUCCACCGCCUUUCGACUCUUCCAAGAUUUUUUUAUGUAGGUAUAAUCCCCCGACUCCCCUUAUAAACCCUUCUACAACCCUCAUUUCUCAUUCUCUCGCCGACUACACAAUUUCUCAUCCCUCAACAGAAACGUGUUCUCUGUGGACCAUAUCAACCUUAUACGCACAUAUAUAUAUAUAUAUAUAUGCACACAUACAUAUGGAUUCGAUUGGCGGACCUUUAUCAAAAUCUCCACCCAGAACUCCCGUUAAAUCCACGGGUAAAGCUUCCGUUGGUGCAUCCUUGUCUUCUUCAGCCCAACCGGAAUCUGAGACUCCUGGAAUCUCUCCUCUACCAUCCGAAAUAACGUCGCAACCUCUUUUGCCCGGGUCUUUCUUUAUGGACGCUGAAGCUGGUUUUUUCAUGGAGAACAUUGGGUUCUCGGCAUCUCCUCCCCUGACGGAAUUCGAAGCCUUCUCAACCAUAAGCCCAUCGUCUUCUUUCUGCGAAAUACCCCGAACGGUACCGUCGAGUACUGGAGGAGGAGGAGACGCGGAGAAUAUCGCCGUGCCUCAGCCGCUCGAGCGCUUACAGGGCAAUCCUACCCCGCCAUUUCUGUCGAAGACGUUCGACCUCGUGGAAGACCCGGCGCUUGACGCGAUCAUAUCAUGGGGCGUCAGCGGAGAGAGUUUCGUGGUGUGGGACCCGGUGGACUUUGCGAAACUGGUCCUUCCUUUGAAUUUCAAGCACAACAACUUCUCGAGUUUUGUUCGCCAGCUUAAUACUUACGGGUUCCGCAAGAUUGAUACUGAUAGGUGGGAGUUUGCCAAUGAAGCUUUCCAGCGAGGGAAAAAACAUCUAUUGAAGAACAUUCAGAGGCGCAAAUCAUCUCAGUCCCAACAGAUUGGGGUCUAUGUUCAGCCUUCUACUGAAGCUGGGAGGCCUAUUCCGGAAGGUGAGAUACAGAAGUUGAGAAAGGAGAAGGGUAGGUUGAUGCAGGAGGUUGUUGAAUUGCAGCAGCAGCAGCAAGGGACCCUUCACCAUAUGGAAGCAGUGAACCAGAGGCUCCAGUCUGCAGAGCAAAGACAGAAGCAAAUGGUUUCUUUCUUGGCGAAGUUGGUGCAAAAUCCAGCAUUCUUAGCCCGGCUUCAACAGCAGAAGGUAAAUGGAGAAAUAGGUUCUUCACGAGUGAGGAGGAAGUUUGUGAAGCAGCAUCAAUAUGAAAUGGGUAAAUCAGAUUCUUCCAUGGAAGAGCGGAUUGUGAAAUACGAACCAGACUGGAGUCACCUCAUUACAACUUCUGUAGCCCAAGAUUUGAUUCCAGUUCCUGCUGGAAAGUCUCAGGAUUUUCUUUCGCAAGAUACGGUUGCUAUGAUAGAGCAAGCAGGAUUAAGUGUUGAAAGCAUACCAUUUGGAUCAGAUGAAUUGAUCAUGCCAGAAGAUCUACCAGUACUGCAGGGAUUUAACAAAACCCUCGAGCAGGUGGGAGAAGGGUUGUCAAGGUUGGGGAAUCAAGACCUGAAAGGCAAGAAUAUCAUAAGCUCACCAGAAGAGCGUAAUCCAGAAUAUGUUGUAUCUUUCCCAGAAGAAAUAACGAAGGAGAAGAUGAUAUCUGAGUUGUCUCCAGGGAUUGAAAGAAUUGUUAAAAAAGAGGAUAUAUGGAGCAUGGGUUUUGAUGCGUGUGCCAGCAUGUCUGUGCCUAGCAAUGAAUUGUGGGGAAAUCCAAUCAACUAUGAAGUUACUGAUUUGGAAGUGACUGGCGGAUUAACAGAUAUCUGGGAUUUAGGCUUCCUGCAAGAGAUAGAAGGUUCGGGUAUUGAUCAAUGGACAAUUGACAAAUCCCCCUCUGAUGAGCCUAAGAGUCGAGAUCACAAGCCCAAAGAUGAUAUACCCGAAAAUAUGGAUCCAUAAGGCUUCAUUUGCUUCUGCACGUGGUGCCCUUGUGGAUCUGAGUUCAUUUAGUUGAACAGAUAAACGUUGGACAAUUUAUUGACAAAUAUAUUCAAUUAAUUGCAGUGUUCAUUUUUUCUCUCUAAAUUUUCAGCUUCCACCCCAAUAAAUUUAAUUUUUUUAUAUUGCUAUUCAUUUUUUUAUUUUUUAUUUUUUCAGAUAGUCUGUCUAUUUAUUUCUAUCAUCAAGUUCUAUCUUAUGGUUUGUAUUACCAAUGCAGGGUUUUCUUGCUGACAAAUACAUUUCAAGUUAUGAACAAUGCAGGUUUGUGAACGUUCGGAUUGAGUAUCAUGCUUCCCCGGGCUUGGUUUCAUAUUCUAUAAUGCUCAUUCUAGCAUUGUAUGGUUUGGGUAAGAUGUUUUAUUCAUAAAAUGGUUCAUUCUUGUUGGAAGGUUAAAAUAAAAAAACUCCAUUUGUCCUCUUGUUGCAUACUAAGCUGCUCACUAUUACAAAAGAGGAUGAUCAUAGAGCUUGGCUGAUGCCUGGUGUCGGGCUUUGUAAAUCCAUCUUCAUGACUUUAGUUCACUGGAGACACUUUUUGGUUCUACAAACUUGGCAUUCAAAUUAUUUGAAUGCAAGGACGUUUUGUUCUUAAAAUCUAGAUAUAUUCAGCAGCUUCGACUAUAUCAUUUACUUUCUGAAAGGAGUGAAACAAGCUGCGCGGAAAUAAUGGUAGUGAGAAGUCUGUUUUUCUGCUCAGUCCACCGUGCUUGUGGUGGGUGCUUUGACUGGGCAGGAUUUUGAAGCUGUCUAGCCUGCAGAGAGGCCAAUACUGUGAAAUCAAUACCUCAAAAGCCUGCAAUCUAUUGUGGAUGUGAAUUAUUGGACAACACAAAGUUGACCAUAAUUUUUACAUUUCCGUGCUCAUCUUUUUUCUUUUUUUCUUUUUUCACUAAACUCGAUUAAAAGUGUCAUGACUAGGCUUCUUGGACAAGUCUGUUUUGCAGGGUGCUUAAGCUCUACUGAUUUCUUGGUAUAUCCAUGACUGGAAUGUAUGUGGAAAAUCCGUUACUGUUGGCGGACCUCAAAACUUGAAUGCGAUUGCCUCAUGGGGGACUCCGUAAGCUAACUUACUUGCAUUGCAUAUAAUUCAUGCAGCGUCUGACAAAAUUGGUGCUCUGUGAUCCUCUUUGAAGCAUCGCUUACUGAAUUAGCAAGUUUGGGUCGGCCAGUCUGCAGGAUGGAGGAGUGAGGAAACUGUUGGGUGAUUGCGCAGACAGCCGCAGGGCUGUAUAUUUCUAAGUAUGAGCUUUUCACCAUCAUCUAUUUCCUGUAUAUAUAGAUUGAUAAUGAUAUCCAACCUUCGAUACCUUUCUACCGUUUUAUGAUGUAAUCCUUGUGGGUUUGAUGGCAUGCUAGUUCGUGUGAAAGGGCACCUGCAUGCCAUUUGCUUACUCAUCGCGCUUCUUUUGACAAGUAACUAAAUGCCAGAACAGAUCACCAAUGGCGCCGGCAGUGUCUAAAAGGAUUUAGGCAGGGACUGAUCUUUACUCUUCCUGUGUACGUACAUGUUCAUACUAAGGCUCGUAAUAUAAAUCCGUGCUACAGCACGUGAGUUUUAUGAUAUACGUAAUAAGAGUUUUGCUACACAUUCGCCUACUGUUCACGGCACA